AUGGAUUCAUAUUCAAGAUUUUCAUAUGCAUUAGUCAAACAUAUACCUGAUGAAACCGAUCCUGUCCUAUGUACAAAUAUUCUGUUUAUAAUUUUUCAUAUUUGUUUAGUAUUGUUUCAUAGCUAUAGUUGGAUUCUAACUUAUUUUAAUGUGAUUAAUCCUGCUUGGAUUUUCCCACUUCUGUUUUCCAUUAUGUUAAUUAUAGUAGCCCUUUUCAUCUGUUUCCACGAUUUUAGAAUCAUUAAUGUUUAUGAUGAUAAGUUUGCUUUAAUUUUAGAUUGGAGAUUAUUCUGGGCAAUGGUGUUUUUUAUUCCAACUUGUAUAGAUAUUAUAUUAUCGAUUAUUGGAUUUAUUAAAUUAUGUUAUUAUAAUGCAUGGCAUAAUUAG